GAAAAUCGUCGAGAAGAAGUUCGGAAUUCGUGCGUUUUAGUUUAUUUUUAAAAAUCAUCAGUAAUUUCACUGAUUUUCCACUUGCUGAAACAGAAGGUGAAGAUAUAAAUCGGAAACUCAUUUAUUUAGCUACUUUCUGAACAGUGCGUUUUUAAAUAUUCCAACUUCUUCUCGCAAUCGAAUCUACAUAGCAACAAUGUGCUUUUCGUGAAAGUAUUAUCGUUUCUGCUAGAUACUCCCCCUGGAAAAUUCAGAGCAAUAUAAUAUUUAGAUCAAAGUGUACGAAUACUUAUUCGCGUCAGUCGGCACUUUGGAAAUGUGUGAAGAAAAAAAAAAUUCCCGAAAUGAGCGCACACGGAAAUUUGCGGCAGAAGUGUGUGAAUUAACAUAUUAAAUAAAUUAAAAGGAAUUCACUUGAAAGUCCUCAUUUACAUGUUGGAAUAACCAAAAUUCAAUAUUUUCAUAAUUAUUCUGUGAAAAUUCCCGGAACUUGGAUAAAAGAUAAAAUGUUUUGUAAUAAACGCCUCUGAAUUGGAUGAAUAAAUUUAUCUGAAAGGCAAUAUUGCAGUUACUAUUGCAAGGAAUAAAUAUAUUAAUAGUGCGUGUCCUUAGCUGAAAAAAGAUUCAGUCCAAAUUCAUCAAAUAUAAAUAUCUUUACCAUUCCUUAAGAAGUGCAUCGCCCCCUUGUGUCUGUGUCACCUAACUUGAAGUUGGGACUAAAAGUGUUUUAAAAAUUCAACGAAUUCAUGAUAUCCUGCUGUGUUUCUCCGUGACAUAAAACCUAAAAGAAGCUCGAAGUGAUGGAUUUACAAGUGAAUUCGUUAUUGCGAUGGUGUUCCAGUGAAACAUAUCGAACUGUUGUUGAUGUUGUUUGUUGUUGACAUGUGAUUUCACCACAAUUCCCAGUGAAAAUCAAACCGAACUUCACAAAUAUGUCAGUACAUAAUAAGAGCCUCUGAAAGGGUUUUCCAUAGUCUGAGCAGUAUUCGCGUAUUGGUGAAAGUGGAAAAAGAUAGUAACGCCUAAAACAUACAUCUAAUCAACACAAACCAACAUCAAACCACUCAUUAUCACUUUCACAAUUAUCAAGAGGAAUUGCUCAAUUUAAUUGAAAUCAUUAAUACGGAAAAGGUUCAGUUUGAUUGCUAUAAUUCAGAAAUAAAGCUCAAUUUCCACGAAAAUAACCAGAAAUGACAGAAGCGGAUAAUUACGAUGAUGAGUUGGUAUCAGGCAAUCCAAAUCAAAGGAAUUGGCGUGGAAUCCUCAUAGCACUUUUGGUUAUUGUUAUUGUACUGGCGCUCAUUGUAACGUCUGUGGUCCUGCUAACGCCACCCGAUGAAGGACCUCGUGUAAAGGGUCAACGCAUAAAAUUGCAGGAUAUUGUUGACGGUCACUUUCUACCACAAAGAGUGAACGGCACAUGGAUUGGUGCCGAAGAAUUCCUUUAUCAGGAUCAAUGGGGCGGAAUAAGUUUAUUGAAUGUGGGGAAUCUCUCGGAGCGAGUUUUGAUAUCCAACACAACAUACAAAACCCUGGCACCAGCGAAAUUUUCCAUUUCUGCAAACCGACGAUAUCUCCUUCUAGCACAUAAUGUGAAAAAACUUUUCCGCCAUUCAUAUCUGGCGCAGUAUACAGUGUUUGAUAUUCAAACAAGCGAGAGUAUAAAAGUAACAACAAAGUCGGAUGUUGAUGAAUGGCCGUAUCUGCAUUUCGCUCAAUUCACUCCGUCAGGAAGUGCCCUGGUUAUGGUCUAUAACUACGAUAUAUACUACACACCUGGACCCCGGGCGGCGAACGUUUAUCGGGUAACUAGGGAUGCAGUGCCGGGCGUCGUAUAUAAUGGAAUCCCCGAUUGGCUCUACGAAGAGGAAAUCCUUGGAACGAAUCAUGCAAUUUGGAUGUCUGCCGAUGGCUAUCUCAUGCUCUACAGCUCGUUUAACGAUUCACUGGUCCAGGAGCAGAAAUUCGCAUGGUACGGCACCACGACGACAACGAGUCCUUCCAAUGGAAAUGCAUACUUAUAUCCGGAAAUCAGGUCCUUGAGGUAUCCAAAACCCGGUACACAAAACCCCAUUGUAACACUUCGUGUGGCUGACCUGGCGGAUCCAAAGAACAUUCGAACAAGAGACCUAAAACCUCCUGCUGUGCUACUAAACGAGGAUCACUAUUUUACAAGUGCCAGUUGGGUUAGUCAAACGGAAAUCUGUGUGGUCUGGCUGAGUCGACCGCAAAAUGUAUCUGUAGUAACGAUUUGCAAGAGUCCCAUGUGGCAAUGCCUUGAGACACAUCGUGUAAGCGGCGAUGGAAGAGGUUGGGUCGAUAUAUUGACUGUUCCGGUGUUUGCGGCUAAUGGAACUUCCUAUAUUGCAAUAUCACCAUUACGUGAUGGACUAUCAGGCUACUUCCGCCAUUUGGUGCACGUGCAUAUAUCAAGGAAACGAGUACUUCCCCUAACACACGGUCGAUACGAAGUGAAUAAAAUAGUCCAUUGGGAUCAGAUCAACAAUUUUAUAUAUUACCUAGGAACACCUGAACGAUUGCCAUCACAGCAGCAUCUCUACCGAGUCUCCGCAAUACCACCACGUUACGGAGCCCCACUUGCAUCUCCCACAUGCCUAACUUGUCCUAUAACGGCAGAAUCAGAAAACCGAGCCACCACCACAAAAUCCCCACCACGAUUGGUGACAGCUUGGGAUGAUGAUUGGGAAGAGGAAGUUCAAACGCUUCCACCACCAACAAUGCCAACGCCAAGAAAGAAACGAAGACGACAAACUGAAGCGCAGGGACCAUCACCUUGUCUAUACCACAAUGCAAUUUUCCCACCCACGUUGGGCGGUGAUUACGUACUAAUCGAAUGCCUUGGUCCUGUGAUACCAACUAGUGCUAUUUACUCCAUAUCCCCCGAUAAUUCCAAUAAGCCCCUAGACUUAGUUAUUGCUAUUCAAAAUAAUACAAGACUGCGACAAAAGAUGGCGAAAACUGCACUGCCGCAGAUUAAGGCUUUCCCGGUGAUGAUAUCGGGCGGCUAUCAUGCACAAGUCCGACUUUUCCUUCCGCCAGUGCUAAGGGAGGAUGAAAUCACGAGAUACCCAACUAUCUUACACGUCUAUUCCGGACCUGGGACGCAACUUGUCACUGAUAAAUGGCGAGUGGACUGGAACACUUAUCUGUCCGGUACAAAGGACUAUAUCGUUGUGCAAAUUGAUGGGCGAGGAUCAAGUGGCCAAGGCUACCAACUACUUCACGAAGUCUAUCGAAGACUAGGAAACGUUGAAGUGUCUGACCAAUUGGAAGUUAGUGAGUACCUUAGAGAUAAUCUCCACUUCAUCGACGGACGAAGGAUGGCAGUUUGGGGAUGGAGUUACGGAGGCUAUACAGCCGCUUUAGCUCUGGCAAGCACUCAAUCAAUUUUCCAGUGUGGCGUUAGUGUGGCACCAAUAACUAAUUGGAAAUUUUAUGAUUCAACAUAUUCUGAACGGUAUCUCAGUUUUCCGAACGUGACGGAUAAUUACAAAGGAUAUGAGGAAGGAGAUUUGACGAAGCACGUGGAUCGUUUGAGGGAUAAGCAGUUCUUACUCGUGCAUGGCACCGCUGACGACAACGUUCAUUUUCAACAAACAAUGACACUGGCGAGGGCAUUAGCUGCAAAUGGAGUUCUAUUCAAACAGCAAAUCUAUCCAGAUGAAGGACACAAUUUAGCGGGUGUUAAACGGCAUUUAUACCGGUCAAUGACUGGCUUUUUAGAAGACUGCUUUAGGAAAUUGGUUCCACCAGAAACAAAAGCUGGACUAGCUAAUGGCGGUGCAUCAGAUCAAGUAUAGGCGAACGCCCACGGUUAGUUAUAAUAAAUAUCACUACCCCGAAGAAAGGUAAUACCACUUCACUCAUGAUCAAAUCAAUUCGAUAAGCAAAAGCCACACUACACGACAAAGGUUCAGAAAGCACACAUCAACAAAUAUGGUUGUGAAAACGUACUCAUCCUCGAAAAUUCAAUUCAAAUCGCUCAACAGAAAGGACUACGACGUUGUAUGUAUAUAGUAAAGUAAGCACCCAAUAUUUUUUUCGGAGAGCAUAUUCCAUAUGAAAAUGCAGAAGGUCACAACAGCAAGAAAUAUCCAUUUGGCCCCUGCUUGUGUAUAUCCUGUUUUAACAAUAAUAAUUAAAUUUAAUUUUAAUUGAGUUUAUGCACACGAAGCUUAUAUCCAAUUCAUUGUGUGCACAAACAAACAAUAUACGUUGAGGAAUUGAUCAAUUCAGAAAAAUUCAGGAUCGAAUAAAAUAUUCAACAUCAUCAAUAAAUAAUAAUCGACGAACUAUGGAAAAAAAUCUUGGAAAAACGGAUUAUAAAUGUCAUGUCAGGAUAAUUCAAUUCCAAAAGAAUCAUAAAAAGGAAUUGAUAUACACACAAGGUGAAAGUAAUUGAAAAUGCAAAAUACAAAAUUAAUGUAAUUUAGACACGCAUCCAAAUAAUAACAUAAUUUACUUUAGCAUUAUUUUAUCUUCUCAGAAGCAUCUUUUAUCAUCGUGAUAUACUGAAGUGCCAAAAUUAUCCUAUAAAUAUAUGUAUAAAUGCGUUUAAAAAAAAUACUUCCAAUUUAUUUGAACUUCCCGAAAAAAAUUUAGGUGAAAAUAAUUAGCAAAAAAUUAGUAAUUAUAAAUUUCAACGAAUUAGGAAAAUUAUUACAUUAUAAAUGUUUCAAAAUUUAAAUUUACAAUUGAGCUUCUGUUCCUUACAAAACAAAAAUUGAAAAUAAUAGCUAUGCAUCGUGGUAUGAAUUGUACCUACCUACCAAG